CUUUUUUGAACAGACGUUUCAAACGGUAGUUCGUUUAUACAAAUAAAAAAUAAACUUCUUUUUUUUUGUUGAAAAAAAAAAAGUUUAAUUUAAACAUUAGAAAGAAAACCUUUUUUCAGUUUCGUCUUUCAUAAAUAAAUUUUAUUCCAAAUGAAAUUCAAAAUGCAUUCGUGCGGUAUGAGUGUAAUUAAAUACAUUUUAUUUGCAUUUAAUGUGGUUUUCGCUAUAUCUGGCUUGGGUAUUUUGAUAGCCGGAGCUGUUGUCUUAGCUGAUGUCAAUGAAUUUAAUCACUUCAUAGAGGGGAAAGUUACUGCACCGCCAAUUGUUUUAAUUGUAACUGGUCUAAUUAUAUUUGUAAUUGCCUCAUUGGGUUGCUUUGGUGCCAUUAAAGAGUCUCCCACUUUACUAUUGGCGUAUGCGGUUCUACUGGCCAUUAUAUUUAUUAUUGAACUGGCUGUGGGCAUAGCGGCCAGUGUGUUUAAGAGUGAUUUGGAAAUGAUGAUUAAAACUUCACUACAAGAUUCCAUAAAACGCUCCAACCAUGAAGACACAAUGGCCUGGGAUAAUAUACAACGUAAAUUGAUGUGCUGUGGUGUGGACAAUCCCUCCGAUUGGCGUACCAUGAGUGCUAAUAAAACUCUGCCGCCCAGUUGCUGUCGUCCCCAAUAUAUUGAGGAAAAAGUGGGCCAUUGCACAGAAUCACCGGCUUUAGGAAAGGAUAAAUAUUUCCAGGAGGGUUGCGUUGGUAAACUAAAAGACCGUAUAGAGAAAAAUGCCAUAAUAUUAAUUGGAGUGGGCAUUGGUAUUGCUUUCAUACAAAUAUUGGGCAUUAUAUUAGCAUGUUAUUUAGCUUCCACCAUACGACACGAACGAAACAAAUAAGUGAUUGGAAAUAUUAGCACGUACAAUUUAUUAGACCUAAUUUAAGAGAGUAUGCCUUCUUUGUACUUACAUACAUACUUAUGUGUGCGUGGGAACAUAAAACGAAAUUAUUUAGGAUUUUAGAGGUUCGACCUAUGAAGUCAUGCAAAGGGUUUUAAACGCAACAAUUAAUCUAAAUUGAAAUAAUAAAUAUCAAAGUAUACUACGAGUACAUAUUUAUUUAAUUUUAAAAUCAUAUUAUUGCUUUAAAUUUAAAUUAAAAAAAAAACAUAAUAAAAAGAAAUAAUUUUUCUACCUCUUGUUAUUGUUUAAGUAAGUCAUUGUUUCCAACAAGCUUAUCAUCCAAUUAAUUUAUAUAUUGUAUUAAUGUAUCAAAAUAAAUAAUAAAAAGAAUAUUUUGCAAAAUAAA